AUGCUGUUAUUACCUUUGAUGAAUAUUAACAGAUUCACAAUCCUUCAUCAACAACAAAGACGGUUUAUAUUUCAAACAUUACCUGUUUCACGUCGUCUUUAUGACAUUUUGGAAAUACCUUUAGAUGCCGAUAAAAAAUUAGUCAAGUCACAGUUUUAUAAGCUAUCGAAAAAAUAUCAUCCCGAUUUGAAUUUAAAAGAUAAUACAGCACAUAAGAAGUUUUUAUUAAUAAAUGAGGCAUAUUCAAUAUUGAUUAAUGAUAAAAGUAGAAAAGAAUAUGAUAGAUCUAUCCUAUUUAAAAACAAUAAUAAUAAAUCAUUCUCACGAUCAUGGAAUCAUUCACAAUUUUCUUAUUCAAAUAGACCGAAUGUUAGAAAACAUACACAUCAUAAUUUUCAUGAAUCAAAUUUUAGGAGAAGAACUUCACGUACUGAUGAUACUCAUAAAACUAAUAAUAGUAAUACAUCAUCAUCGUCAUCAAAAGAUUUUAAAAAUAAAUUUAAUUUUCAAGAACAUUAUCAAAGACAUUAUAGUGAGGAAUUGAGAAGAGCAAAUUCAGAAUCUAGUAAAGAAAAAAAUCAAUCUUUGGAAAAUCAAUUAAAAAGUAGUCAUGGUAGAACUGUAUUAAGAAUUGUUUUAAUAGUUAGCACUCUAGUAUUAUUCGGAAGCAGUGGAGGAGGAAUCAUGAUUUAA